UCAAAUCAGAAGGCCAACAUGCUGCCAGAGAAAGACUCUAAAAAACUAGGGGAGAAGGACCCCAAGGAAGACCCAUCGGUCAGUGUCUUCCGGGAGUACCUGAGAAUCAAGACUGUCCAGCCAGAACCUGAUUAUGACUCGGCAGUGAAAUUCCUGGAGAGAGUAGCUUCUGAACUUGGCCUGCAGUGUCAGAAAGUGGAGGUUUGCCCUGGCCGUGUGAUCACCAUUCUGACCUGGAGAGGCACAAACCCACAGCUCCGUUCCAUCUUGCUGAAUUCCCAUACAGACGUUGUGCCUGUGUUUGAGGAGUACUGGCGCUAUGACCCCUUUGCAGCUUUCAAGGACUCUGAUGGAAACAUCUACGCACGCGGAGCUCAGGAUAUGAAAUGUGUUUCCAUUCAGUACAUAGAGGCCAUCCGGAGGCUGAAAGCUGAAGGGAAACAUUUCCCACGAACAGUUCAUAUGAGCUUUGUCCCUGAUGAAGAGAUUGGGGGCCAUAAAGGAAUGGAAAUGUUUGUGAAACGACCAGAGUUCAUGACUCUUAAUGUUGGCUUUGCCUUGGAUGAAGGCCUGGCUAACCCAUCAGACACCUUCACUGUAUUCUACGGCGAGAAAUGCCCAUGGUGGAUUAAAGUGAAAGUAGAGGGGAACCCCGGACAUGGAUCUAGAUUCAUUGAGGACACGGCUGCUGAAAAGCUGCACAGAGUGAUCACUUCCUUCCUAGAGUUCCGAGAGCAUGAAAAACAAAGGUUGAAAUCAGAGAAGCACCUUACCUUAGGCGAUGUAACCUCACUUAACCUAACCAUGUUGAACGGGGGCAUCUCCUUCAAUGUGGUCCCUUCUGAGAUGUCUGCUGCCUUUGACAUCCGCAUACCACCCACAGUAGAUUUAAAGGCAUUUGAAGAGCAGCUCACAGCCUGGUGCCGGGCAGCUGGGGAAGGUGUUACCUAUGAGUUCCACCAGAAAUACACGGAUCAGUCGAUGACCUCCACAGAGAAAUCUGACCCCUGGUGGAAAGCGUUCAGUGGCACCUGCAGGGACCUGAAUAUGAAACUGAAGUGUGAGAUCUUUCCUGCUGCUACAGACAGUCGCUAUAUCAGAGCGGCAGGCCACCCCGCAAUUGGCUUCUCCCCCAUGAACCGCACCCCUAUACUGCUGCAUGACCACAAUGAAUUCCUGAACGAGCAGAUCUUCCUUCGUGGGAUUGAGAUCUACGCCCACCUCAUCCCAGCCCUGGCUACUGUCCCUCCUCUACAAGCAGAGGCCUGAGCGAAGGUGAUAAGCGAAA